CUUCUAAAAACGUCUGCGGGACGGGAUCCCGCGGGAAUAAUCCCGCAAAUCGAAAAAAUAAUUCCCCGCAUCUCUAAUUUGUUACCACUUUUUUUGUUACCAAAAUGAUUUUCUUCUUUCCAAUUUUCUAUCAAAAUCUCAAAUGUAAAAAUGUCCAGAAGCCAAAAAUGACAUUUUGUCGAAUUAAAAUUUUUAAUUUUUUGUAUUUUGUUUUAUUCUUGUUACAUUUUUUCAAUUGAAAUUUUUUUUUUGAUUUUUUUCUUUAUUAUAUUUAAAAUUAAUUUCAAUUUUCAGUAGUGGUUGUUUUAAAAAAGCUUUUAUAUUUCAAAUAAAUAAUGGGCCGUGUUCGUACCAAAACUGUCAAGAAAGCUUCUCGUGUUAUUAUUGAAAAAUACUAUACACGCUUGACUUAUGAUUUUCAUGUGAACAAACGAAUUUGUGAGGAAAUUGCUGUUAUUCCAAGCAAACGGAUGCGUAAUCAAAUUGCUGGUUUUAUCACCCAUUUGAUGAAACGUAUCGAAAAGGGACCUGUCCGUGGAAUUUCUAUUAAAUUGCAAGAAGAAGAGCGUGAACGUCGUGAUAAUUGGGUUCCAGAAGUUUCCUAUCUUGAUGCUUCUCAACAUCCAACUAUUAGUGUUGAUCAAGAGACUAAGGAAAUGGUUGAUUAUUUGCAACUCAAUUUGCCUGUUGACGUGAAGGGACAGCAACAGCAAGGUCAAGCGCAAGGUGGUGGUGGUCAACAACAGCAGCAACAACCUGCUGGUGCUGCUCGUCAAUAAAUGAAUUUUUUUG